AUGGCACAGAUUUGCCUCCUGACGUCCUCAAUCCCUGGGCGCUACAGACAGAAACCAAACCCUGACGACGGACUCGGAAACGGUGAUCUCCACACACCUGCCCUCACUGACCCCCAGUCCUUCAGGACCGACUCCAAAGCCACCGCACCCACAGACCGCCCGUCACGGGCUCCCGCUUGCUUCCACUCCCCAACGGACCCCACUCCUCCACCCCCCCGGGAACCCACAGACACCUUGGUCCUCUCUUCCUGCUGCACAAACCGAACCAUACACAGACCUGAUUCUCUAGUGACCCCACCGCGACCUCCGACCAGCGGCAUUUCCGCGAACACUCCUGCCGCGCCCAUGCCCGGCCUCCGCGACGGCGGCCGACGAGGACUAGAGGCGUUCCUGCGGAGCACGGCCGCUUGCACUUCCGGCUUUUCCUGGAGUCACUAUGUCCGCGCCCAUCUGGCUACCGGUCCCCGAGGCGGCCAUCCUGCAGUAAUCCAGGUACGCAAGGCGAAGUGGCCGUUUUGGGCAGAAUGGCCAGGUUUUCCAGGUAAGCAGUUAGAACACCUGCAGGUCCUGGCUUCCUGGGAUAAAAUAGUUCCUAUGAGGGAAGGAAGUGAAGGUACGAAGAUCAACACUGCAUCCUUGACCAGAGACCUUGAACUAGAGCUUCAGAAUAGAGCCCAGAAUCAACAGCAGAGCAGAUAUUAGACUUUCUGAUGGUAUAUAAGGGCUCCAGAAAAUGUCCAAGUCCCAAGUCCUGGAUUCCCAGGAGUAAGAGAGAUCCAGUAAAGGAUGAGCGGGAGGCUCCUGGAGUUGCAUUUGGCCAUUCGUGGAACAUCCCUGUCCUAAGAUUGAGAUUUCUGAACAGAAAAUUAGCGCAGAUCCAGAAGAGACUAACAUCCUUUUUACUUGGCAUUUCUUACAGAAGAAAGUGAUGAAAGCCCAGGUGACUUUUGGUUUGUCUUACUGAUAAUUUUGAGUCCUUCGUGGAUUUGUGGA